UAUUAGUUUAGCCAGUUUCAUUUGAACAUUUUUAAAAUGUUCCCACUGUUUAAUUCCUUUUCACCACGGUUAUUUUGAUUUAUUUAUGUAUGUAUUUAUUUAUUUAUUUGCCUGCGUUUGUCUUUAAGGUUCAGAUAAACAAAUCACGUCAUAGGCUGUUUUGUAAGGAUGCGCUAGCUUUCACUUUCAUUUAGGUUUUUUUCUUCACUUAUGUUUUCCUGGAACGGACGACAAGACACACGAACUGAGCAGCACUAGACUGUGUCCUCGUGGGACUGGGCUGAAGUCAUACUCGUCAACAUGUCUGUCGAUACAGAGAGGCCCCCCACGUCCAACAUUAUGGAGGUGUCCACUUAUUCGCAGGUCAUAUUCGAUCAAAUACAGAGCAGCUAUCCUCCCGGCUCCCCACUUUCUUGCACGUACCGACUGACCAAUCAGGUGCAGCCCCACCGAAAGGACUGGGUGGGCAUCUUCAAGGUUGGCUGGACCACUACUCGGGAUUACUACACCUUUGUGUGGGCUUCAUCUCCGAGCUUGUCUGACACCAACAGACCAGCAGUCCUCUCUGUAGUUUUCGAGGCUUACUAUCUGCCCAAAGAAGAUGGUGAAUUUUAUCAAUUCUGUUAUGUUGACAGCAAUGGGCAAGUGCGUGGAGCAAGCACUCCCUUCUGCUUCCAGAGUGAAGCUGCUAUCAGUCUAGAAGAUGACAUUCUAGUGGUCACUACAAAGGAUCAAGUGGAGGAGAUUGAGAAGGAGAAGGUGGCUUUGAUACAGGAAAACAACCAGCAAAAGGUGAUGAUCGAAGGCCUGAAGAAGGAGAUUGAGGAAAUUCUUUUGGAACUGAGGAAGACACGGGAAUCUGUUGAAGAGCUGAGAAGGGAAAAGUCUGAAGUUAGUGUGAACUCAAAGAAGAUGAUUGAGGAGUGGGAGCAAAAGCUAAGAGAUAAAGAGGAUUGCUACAAGGAAAAAAUGGAGCUCCUUCAAAGUGUGGAUACCCUCAAUAACAAGAAUGCAAUGCUGGUGGCAGAGAUCAAGCAACUGAGUGAGGAAGUUGAGAAGCUGAAGAAAGAGGCUAUCAUAAAGACAACAGAGGUGGAGAAGCUGCAGAAGAAACUUUCAGCAGCUGAAGAGCAGAAGAAGGAGGUAGAGGCCAAGCUGGAGAUGCAAGUGGACCAAAUAAAGCUGCUGCAGUUUGACCUUACCAGUGUGCAGAGGGACAAUGAACAAUUGAAGGAGAAGUUGUCUGGAGCUCUGGCAAAUGUGGACAACGUCAAUGACUUGCGCAAGGAGAACCAAGAUCUAAAAAAGUCACUUCAGGAGAUACAAGAGCGCCAGGACCCUGAACCACAGGUGGAACUCCUGAACAAGCAGAAGGAGCACACUGAGAUUCAGCUCAUCCAAAUAAAACAGCGAGCAGAAAGACUGGAGGUAGAAUUGAGUGAGGAGAAACAUUUCCGAAUGCUUGCCCAAAACACACUGCGUGAAAUGGAGAUGAAAAUGUGCUCCAUGGCUGAUCAAUUUGAGUUUGAGAAGAAGAAGAGCUCUAAGAUUGAGAUGUUGCUGACUGAGAAAGAAAGCCAGCUGGAUGAAGAAGCCAACAAAGUGCAAAUUAAGGAGGUGCAGUUGGAGGAUCUGAAGCGUGUGAAUGAGGAGCUCACAAGGAAAGUGGAGAGGCUACGUGAAGAGCUAAAUCAUACUCAUUCACCUGUGGCUGACCACCAAGGUACCUCUGCCAUCCAGUUGCAGUACCAUAAUCCUUACACCCCAACAAAGGAACUUACUUGUUCCGUCACCAACAGUGAUCUACUCUUUGGUAACCCUUUCCAGUCCCGUGGUGCGCCAAUCAACACUGAUCAGUGCCCAAUUUGCUUACAUUCUUUCCCACACUUUACCCGUGGACAGCUUCAUGAACACAUCGAGAGCCACGAGCGCCGAUGCCCCUUCUGCAGCUUGUCCUGUGGCAGCAUGUCUCAAGAUGAAUUUGAGGACCACGUGUACAGCCAUUAAAGUCACCAGGGCUCAGAAGCAGCAAUGGAAGUUGGCCCUUUCUGUUUCUGCCUAUUAAUCCUGCUGAAGAUGUUCAUGUAUAGGUAUAUUAUUAUUGUAACCGUGCUGCUGCACACAAGUGGGCAAAUUUGCCUUUGUGCCCUUUCUUUCUGUGAUUGCAUCAUUUAUGUAUUGGUCCUACUGCUUUAACUUUACAUGAGGGCAGCAUUUUCUCACAAGAGGACAUGGAGACAAGUUCUUAAGCUCAUCCCAUCAUGUUUCUCUGAAAAUAUUAAGGUGACAUCAUAUAGCAUAAAAGAACAUAACUGUCUCGGACUUGUUUAAUCCAGUUCAGAAUUGUAGGGGAUAAAACAACAAAAAAAAAAAAGAUACUAAAUACUUCAGUCAGACAUCCAGGGCAGCCAUGUAAUGAUCACGUAAUUAACUCUCUAUACAAAGCUGGUAAGAGAUUUUUGUAUCACAGCACUUUGGUGUAGGGUUCAAAUAUGGCCUGGUGUGGAUUUGUGGCAAGUUUUCCCCAUCUUUUGUGAGUUUUUUAGGUUAUCUUCCCACACCCACAUUAAAAAUCAGCAGGUAUGGCCCAAUGAUGAUUCUGAAUCAUCCAGCUGUAAAUGAGGGUGGCUGCAAUGCAAUGACAUCCCAUCCAGGAUUUGGUUCCCCACAGCUCUGGAUUGGAAAACAAGUGUUUGAAGUAUACAAAGUGUGGGGGUGACAUACAGCUUUCUAAGAAGAAUUGUUGCAUAUAUUAGAAAUUUAAUUAAAAUAUUUAACCUGUUAAUGCAUUGCCAAAUUAAAGUGAAUUAAUGAAGCCAUUAACUUUGUGUCUGGGAAAGUGUAUUCUUGAUAUAAUAGGGAACAGUGGAAGUAAAUCUUAAUAUCUUAUGAAAACUUUUUUUCUCCAAUUAUUGUUCUACUUAAAGUAUGGACCUCAAUUAAAAAGCAAUCAAAGUUAAUGAUCUAGUCACUCUUUUCAGGAUAAACUGUAACAAAACUUUAGCAAACUUGAAAUAAGCCAUUGACUGGUUGAAUAGUCUUCAAGUACACUUAAAAAUAGCAACAACAACAUUUAUUUAUAUCACACAUUUUCAUACAUAGCUCAAAAUGCUUUACAAGACAGCAAAAUGAAAGUAAUAUGAAAUGAAAAACAAAUAGGAUUAAGAAAUAACAUUAAAGAAAAAGAAACAAAGGUAUAAAGU